UGUUCAUACGCACUGCCUUAUUUAAUUCAUUUCUAUAACGCACAAAAAUUGAAUUUAUUAAGUCGAUUUGGGUUUCUACAACGAAAUAAUGGCAGUGUCAAUUGUAUCAAACACGAUCAAAUUCAAUUGUGAAAUUUCGAAACUUAGUGAGUUAGAUGAACAAUUCACACCCCAAGUUAUGGUCCACGGCAUUCCAUGGGAAGUUAAAUUCAAAAACAUACGUGGCGAAGGAGAGGAAUGGCUGGCUGUUUAUUUGUCGUGUGAAAACAAAGAUGCAUCACGCGAUUGGUCGUAUACUGCUUUUGCCACAAUUAAAGUAUUGCCAUUCGAAAAAAAUGUGGAACCAAUCAAAGGCUACAUUCCACCGUAUAUUUUCGGUAAAUCACAUCGCAUUCUUGGCAUGAAUAAUUUCACCGAAUGGGAAUGGUUGACGAAUGUUGAAAAUGGAUUUGUUCGUAAUGACACCAUCCGGAUGAAGAUUAAAAUCGAAGUUACUGAUCCAAAUGAUAAAGAUAAGAGCAUUUUGAAGGUUGAUGUUCUCGACAAAUGCUGUGGACUUGGUAGUUACAUAUCAUUCCGAAUGACUGUUUCCAAUAUCGAUGAAUUGGUGGCUGUUGGGACGCCCGAAUUCAAGUUGCGUGGUCUACGUUGGAAAAUGUCGAUUUACAAUAAUACCUCGAAAUGGUUGGGCGUUUUACUUGAGAUCAUUGGAGAUGACAUUACUGAUGAAUUUACAUGCAAGACCACAGCUGUCGUCAAGCUCAUUUCCACAAAAGAUGAUGCUAAGACAAUUAAGCGCGUACUCGAGGAUAAUUUGAACCAACAUGAUAUAAUGGAUGAAUGCAAAUUUGUAUCGUGGGACGAUUUAUUUGAUGAUCAAAAGGGUUUUGUUCGCGAUAAUGCAACCGUGUUCGAAGUAAAAAUCGUAGCAGAACAACCUGAUAAUGCUGUUCACUGUGCCAAGAAACGCCAAACGGCCAAUGACCAGAAUGAAGAAGCAAAAUUUUCAAAAUUGGAAUGCUCAAUCUGUAUGGAAGCCAUUCGCGAUCAAGAUGUCUCGUCACUCCCUUGCACUCAUAUGUUUUGUACAAAGUGCAUCGAAGAUGCCAUCAAAGCUCGCAAAAAGUGCCCAAUCUGCAAUGCUGCAGCCAAAUUGACAGAUUUACGGCUCUCUCGUUUGCCAUUCACAAAUUAGGUCGUCAUCGAACAACCAGAUGACACAUUUGAAAAAGGUGCACAUCAACAAUUGACCUGAAAUUAAAGCGAC